AUGGCAACCCUCAUUUUCCCGGAGCACCCUUCUCCUGUUGCAGAUGCUGAAGCUCUUAAGAAGGCUUUUCAAGGAUGGGGAACAAAUGAGAAGGCAAUAAUAUCAAUACUGGGCCACCGGAAUGCUGUUCAGAGGAAGUUGAUCAGAAAAGCAUACGAGGAUAUGUAUGCUGAAGAUCUUGUCAAGCGUCUUGAAUCGGAACUGUCCGGCGACUUUGAGAAAGUUAUCUAUCGAUGGAUAUUGGAUCCAGAGGAGAGGGAUGCAGUCUUGCUAAAUGUGGCAAUUAAGCAUAAACCGUCUCCUGAUUACCGAGUUAUUGUUGAAUUUUCUACCAUUUACAACCCUGAGGAGUUCUUGGCUGUAAAGCGUGCUUAUCAGCACCGCUUCAAGCAUUCAUUGGAAGAAGACAUAGCUCAACAUACCACUGGUGAUUUGCGCAAGCUUUUGGUUGGUUUGGCAAGUCCAUACAAGUAUGCUGGUGGUGAGAUGGACGUGAAAUUAGCGAAGUCCGAGGCUGAUAAGCUUCAAGAUUUGGUCAAAGAUAAGGCUCUGAAUCAUGAAGAAGUCAUUAGAAUCAUAACUACCAGAAGCAAUGCUCAGAUUGUGGCAGCUCUAAACCACUACAAGGAUAGCCAUGGCACUGCAAUCACCAAGCAUUUGAAGGAUGAUCCAGCUAAUGACUACUUAGCUGCGUUGCUUACAGCCAUUCGAUCCAUUAAUAAUCCGCAGAAGCACUAUGAGAAGGUACUCCGUAUUGCGCUAAACAAGCCGGGGACUGAUGAGGAUGCAAUCACCCGAGUUAUUGUUACAAGGGCUGAAAAAGACUUGAAUGAUAUCAAGGACAUUUAUUAUAAGCGUAACAGCGUGGCUCUUGAUCAUGCAAUUUCCAAUGAAACCUCCAGCCAUUACAAAGCUUUCCUUUUGGCUUUGUUGGGGAAGGAUUAG